AUGGUAUAUAAACCACAACAACAAAUAAAUGAUUGUCGUCAAUCAGAAUCUUAUCAACAACGAUAUCAAACAAUAAAUACAGCAUAUAUACCACCAUUAAUGAGUGUACGAUCUGAUAUAAAUACAACUGCGAAAUUACAUUAUAAUAAUCGUUAUAAUUAUUCGAAUGAACAUUAUCAACAACAACGUCCAACAAAUAAUACACAUUCUAAAUGUGAUGGUGCAUCACUUAUACGCUUGGUAAUAUGCAAAUAUUUAAGUUAUGAUUAUCUACAAAAUUACUGGAUGUUUUUCAAUCAAAUUUAUUCUUAUUUGAGUAAUUUAAAUACACGAACCGAUUUUCUUUCGACUAAAACACUUCAUGCACAUGAAGUUGUAUUAUUAUUUGGCACAUAUUUUGAAGUGAUAUUUCAAGUUAACUAG